AUGAGUUUUGCUAAGAAGCCCUUGCCUAUUAAAGGAUCAAAAAAGCCUGAGAAAUCGCCUCUUGAAUAAAUUCAGAUGAUAUUAGGAAAUGAUUAUACAGUCGAAUAGAUAACAAAUGCGUUAAAUUAGACAGCUGAUAUAUAGAAUGCAAUAAAAAUAUUGAAAUCAGAAAGGGAAGCUUUGUAAAACAAUAGCAAAGUUCUUAAGUUUCAGUAGUUGAACAAGGCACAAUAAAUCCAAAAACGACUGAAUAAAUACAACAGUAGAUGGGUGAAGAAGGUAUUGGGAGAUGUGGAUCAAGAUAAAAACAAAGAAAUGUUAAGCGUCAUUCAAUUUUAAAUGGAGAAGAUUACAUUAGAUUCAGAAUUGCAUAGGCAAAUCAUCUAUAAUUUCAGCAUUCCAUCUCGUGAUCAUUAUAAUAAUAAUCAAUCAUAAUCAUGA